UAUUAAAUAGAUCAAUGAACCUGGACGAUUUAUUAAUCCAUGCCGGUUCUAAAGUCCAUAUCAAAGCUCCCGCUAAACUAAAGGAAACAUUGCAAGAUUACUGUUUUGAUGGUGCUGACUUUCUUCAGAUUCUGACAGACUUUGACCGAACAUUAACAAAGCAUUCUUCCAAUGGGAUCGUCACACCUUCAACACACGCCGUGUUGGAAAAUAGUGGACUUUUCUCAGACGAGUAUAGAGACAAAGCGACAGUACUUCGUGACAAAUAUUACCCCUUAGAGAUGGACCCAACUAUAGACAGAGAGAAAAAAGAAAAACUUAUGGUUGAGUGGUGGUCUGAAGGUCACAGGCUGCUUCUGCUUGAGAAAAUCAAAAAGACUGAAGUUCAGUGUGCAGUGCGAGAGAGCAGAAUGGAGUUCAGGAAGGGAUUCGAGAGGUUUAGAAGAGUGCUAUGUGCUCAUGAAGUCCCCACAUUAGUCUUUUCAGCUGGCAUAGGAACUAUAGUUAAAGAAGUGUUCCUUCAGAAAAGUUCACACCGGUUGGAGAGUUUGCAAAUUGUGUCUAACUUCCUACAUUUCAACGAACAGGGAAUCACAGUAGGAUUCGAGGGACCUCUUAUCCACACCUUCAACAAAGGCAGAUUCAGCCAUCUUAACAAAGAGUACUUUGCACGCACUGCGAAGAGAAAAAACGUGAUUCUGCUAGGCGACACAUUAGGCGACGUGGAAAUGGGGAAUAAUUUAGAUGAGAGCAAGUUCAAUGUUCUCAAGAUAGGAUUCCUCAACGACAAAGUUGAGCAAAACCGAGCCUUCUACCUCAAAGUGUAUGACAUAGUAAUCGAAGACCCCGAAAACAUGGAAUACGUGUUCGAGCUUAUCUGUGCCAUUUUGAACGUAGGCGAAGACGAGAAAUCACGACUGAAUGAGUCAUUCUCCAUUCCCUCCGAGUCGAGUCCGAAGACGGUGGUAGAUUUGUCCUCUCGGGCCUUGACUUGUCCUUCGGCGGUAGAUGCGGAGGAACACGGGAAUAUAGUCGGCAAUGUAACAGUUUCCCCGGCAGGUUCAUUGGUGCUAAGUUCCGCCCAGUAGUCAUUACUUAACAACUUGUUUACUCCUCCGUCUCUUCCGUGAGCGAAAAAACCAGCCGAAUUAUAAAAGAAAACAAAAUGCGCAGAUUAUAUAAACCAGCCAAAAUUUACGUCAUUUGAAUUAAAUUCUGCCAAAUUUUUGCAACUUACAUAAUUCAGGAUCAAUGAACGAAGUGAAGACACUUUGGUAGUGUGUUUUUUUUUGUGAAAGUCUUAGUGUUUGUUCACGCUCAUUUGUUUUCGCCGCCAGACUCUUGAUUUUUCAUUUGCUUAAUGGAAGGCAAGUUAUGCUCUCCAGUUACGAAAGUGCAAAGGGUGCAAAAAAAACGUAAAUGACUUGAGUUUCGAAUGUUGCUUUUAAUUUUAACCGGAACAAAAAUAAGCUCUCAA